AUGACUGCAAGUCAAUCAAUGAAAGUUUCAGUGAGGUCAAGAGAGAUUGUGAAACCGCAACCAUUAAAGUCCAAGACGGCCAUGAAUGGUGAAGUUGAUGAGGGCGAGCAGAGGCGUCCUCCUUUCAAAUUAUGCUUUCUGGACCAGGUCACUCCACCAUACUACACUCCGCUCGUCCACUUCUACCCUUUGACCAGGAAGGAGAGCAAGAUCGCUCACUGGAGCCCCGAAUUGAUGUCCAAGAACCUCAAGGAAUCGCUAUCCCGCGCCCUCGACUCCUUCUACCCGCUUUCCGGAAGGGUGAAAGACAAUGCCAUCGUUGACGACUUCGAAGCAGGCGUUCCCUUCGUCGAAACUCGCAUCCAGGGCCAUCGUCUCUCCGAAUUUCUCGACCCUCCCAAGCUAGAAUUUCUCAACAAGCUUCUCCCCGUCGAACCAUGUUGCCGCCACACCGAACCGAGGCAGUUGCCUCCUCCACAAACCAUGGAUGGCGCCACCAUAAGCACGUUCCUCGAGACUUGGGCGGCUCACUCCCGCCAAUUAAUCACGCCUGAUGAUAGUGCAAACAAAAUCGUACACGUGUCCGCAAAGGAUUUGUCGGGAGGAUACUCGACUUUCCCGCCUCCGCCAUCUGGCGUCCCGCCUCAGUACGUGUCUUUAAUUGACACGCUGUGGUUUCCACCUGAGAAGAACACCGCCGCCACAGCCGCAACGACCAGGAGAUUCGUGGUCUCGAAUCGCGCGAUAGCCGCCCUGAAAUCUCGGGCGACGGGCGCGGGCAUUGACAAUCCGACAAGGACCGAAGCAAUAUUGGCUUUCGUUUGGAAAUCCAUGCUGGCAGCGGCCGCAGAUUCCGAAUCUCCGAAGCCGUCGUGUCUUUGUCAAGCCGUCAACUUGAGGUCAAGAAUGAAGAAGAAGAAGAAGAAGAAUAGUACUCAUGGUCAUGAUUUGGUAUUUUCACCACACUCCAUUGGGAACCUCUUCUCGGUGGCGGUGUCGUUUUGUGACAAUCCUGAUGAUGACGUGGACGAUGACGUGGAUAAAACCCGUACUAGUCUGGUCAACACUUCGGAUUUGGCGGUGCACAUAAGGGGAGGAGUGAAGAGACUGUUGGAUGAGAAGUGGCUUGGCCUCUUGUCAUCCGAGCAAGGUGCGGAGAUGGUUUUCCAAGGGAUGAAGCAGUUGCGAAGCGGUCAACGCCCAUUUGUGAGUUUCUCGAGCUGGAUCGGGUUCGGGUUCGGCGACGUGGAUUUCGGGUGGGGGACGCCAGUGUGGAGUGGCGUGGUGGGAGAAGCUAGUGGGAAUAACCCUAUUAUGGGUAACGCGGUUCUCCUCAAGGAAUUAGCACCCAAGGGCGAGGAGAUCAACAAUGGCGUCGAGCUGUGGAUGAGGCUAGAUCCAGUUCUGAUGGCUUCUCUUGAAAAGAAUCCUCAAUUCUUGGAAAUGGCGUCUCCUAAUCCUCCUAUUGUUUUCUAG